AUGACAGUGAACAAUUUCCAAAUGUAUAGGCAUAUCAUGAGUCCUGGUUGGACCCUGGGAUGGAAUUGGGCUAAGAAAGAAGUGAUUUGGUCGAUGGUGGGAGCCCAAACCACUGAACAAGGAGAUUGUUCUAAGUUCAAAGGAGGAAACCAACCACAUUGUUGCAAGAGAAACCCUGUGGUGGUUGAUUUGCUUCCUGGAGUUCCUUACAACCAACAGAUCUCCAAUUGUUGUAAAGGCGGUGUGGUGUCUUCGUGGGGCCAGGAUCCCUCUGCUGCUGUUUCGGCUUUUCAAGUGAGUGUCGGCCUUUCGGGCACUUCCAAUAAAACUGUCAAACUGCCAAAGAACUUCACUUUGCUCGCCCCAGGACCAGGCUACACUUGUGGUCCGGCAACAAUUGUGCCGUCUACUGUCUAUCUUACCCCUGAUCGUAGACGAAAGACUCAAGCUUUAAGUAAAUCUCUAUCCUCCCUCUUUUAA